AUGCGGACACGGUCUGCCCCUCCCCCGAAGCAAUCGGCAUCCGAGAAACAAGCCCAGCCUGAGCCGUCAAAAGCGACCAUGAAGCCCAGCAAAGCCUUCAUCCUCCCUACUUCUGCCAGCUCAGACGCCAGAUUCGUUACCCUACCAAAUCCGCGAACGGGAGAUCUGACGCGCUACUUCUUCUGCCCUAAGCUCGGAGUGUACGAGUUUACGGUUGUCGCAUCACAAUCCCCACGGAGUAUUCUAUACACUAGCAAGAGUGUUAGCGGAAAGCCACAAGGAUCAAUAUCAAAGACAGCAGAGCUUCUGGUUGCUACACCGAUUGACAUUCUAUUCUUUGCAAUUCCCCUGCUAUGCUCGGUGUCGUCGUCUAACGAGGGGAAGAGGCUGUUCCAGCCAUUGGACGAUAUCAUCGACUCCCACGACGACUUGCCCGAGCAUCUGCGAUAUAUCUUGUACAAUGACACCUUCAGAAGCACACUUCUCCGUCGGGUUGAGGCCGUAUGCGACUCUGUUGAAGCGGGCGACGAGAGAGUGUUCCGAGUUAGCGAAACCAAACUCCUACAGGAAUUACUCGCCAAAGCAGAGCGGAUGGCUGUGCAAGGCCUGCCAAAAAGUUUAGAGGAACGGUUUGUCAAGCAGGCGCUUGCUGUACCUCUGGUAUCUGUUACCAGGACUGAUGUUGCCACCUCUUCCGCGCCGGCAAAAGAGGACCACAAUGGAAUUGAGUCUCAAGAAAGCAACGACACGCAAUCUACAUCGGCAACUACUUCAAACAGCUCAGUCUCGCGCACAUCAACUCCAGCUGAGUCAGCCCCAACACCGGCCACUGAAGAACUCCCAGAGCAACAAGCCUGCCCGGACUCGAUAGUUCGACUUCAAAGACUCUCAGUAGCUUUGGCUUUCCUGAAAACCUCUUACAUUUCUGCGGCUGUGUGCGCGAAAAUCGACGAGCUCCUCUCUGCACCAGCGUCACCCAUUGACUUCAAACCGCUGCAUGAUUAUCUCAAACACCUAGCUGAUCUGCGCGCUGAAGCACUGGCUUCUCGAUCUCUAGGGGAUUUCAGUCGCAAACGCAACGUGGAGGAUGACGAUGUCGUUGAGUCGCGCGCUGAAAAGAAACGUCGCACGGAAGAGGAAGAAAAAAAGAAGAAAGCUAGCGAGUCAAGGGGUGUCAGGGAACUGAAAAAGGUUAACACGAGUGGAAUGAAGAAGAUGAGUGACUUCUUUGGGAAGGCUGCUCCUAAGAAGAAGUCAUAG